AUGGUGCGAGAGCAGGAGGAGGGCACAGUGGUGGGGCUGCAGCUACAACAUCCACUGCUGUACAAGGUGCAAGAGGUGCAAGAGGCGGGAGAGGUGCAAGAGGUGCAAGAGGUGCAAGAGGUAGGAGUGGUGGGAGAGGACUUGCUAGGGGGGGGGAGCCCAGAACAGCUACCUAUGUCCCAGGGCCUGGCAUUGAGGGGCAGGUCACACCCAAUAUUACAUGAUGCCGAUGACGCAAUGGAUGUUGACAGCAAUGUUGUUGUACCUCCUGGAGAUCCACGUGUUGUUCGUGGUCAAAGCCAGGUCAUUAAAACCAGAGCCGAUUCCAGAUCUGAGGCAUUGGCCCUGGAGGCGUUUUCACUGGUGCAAGGUGAUGGCGCCAUGACUAAAUGCAGCGGUUGCUCCAAUGUUGGCCAGUUGAAGAAAUGUGCUCGACCAGGUUGUCCUUUCGCACUGUGCUUCCAGAAGUCAAAUAUGCAUACCUGUAUCAGCAAUGUAGGCCUGGGUGAAUUUUGGUGUCCUCCAUGUUGGGGACGCAGCCAAUCCACUCCAUUACCUUACUCGGUGGUUGCAGAAGGCACCUACCUUACUGGCCAAAAUUUCACCCGCUGCCUGCUGGCGUUUCACACCAUUGCCUUAAAACAUGACGCAUACGCUGAAUGUUUGUUACAAACUCAGUUGGAGGAAGAAUUUGUGCCUUGGAAAAACAUGUUGUGUCGCACCAGCAUUGAACUGUUCACCGGAGCUGCUUGCCUGCCCCAUGUCUGCGCAUGUGUCCGCGAUGCACUGGCCUUUGUGAAGGCCAAACCAGAAGCUGAUUUUCUGGUCCUGAUGGACACGCACAGUGAUUAUGAUAAUGGCGAGCUGGUCCACAGUGUUGACAAACAUGGAAAUGCCUGGACUCAGGAUGCCUCAGAGGUGUUAUGUCAUCACUUGGGCCCGGAAUUGUGGAAGCGGUCCCUGGACAUGGCAGGCACCAAAGGGAUGAUACUACUGGCUUGUGGUUCAACAUUCACAAAGCCUUUGCAUUUUGAAAAAUCAAGUCACUGGUCUCCAGGUAUGAUACCCCCCAUCCCCGGAGUCUUUUUUAAUGACAUUUGUGGAUCCAGCAAGCGCCUGCAGUUCAUCACUGGAUUCACUGCUCACUCAGUUCAACCUUCUGUGGUCAUGCCCUUCAUCCUAUGGGUGAUCAUACAGGUCUACAUUCACCAUUUGCCUGUUGAGCAGGCCCUUGAGCAGGAGAUCGCUCACUGGAGUCUGCUGUCCCAUACCCCUGUGGUGUUGAUUUGUUGGAAUAAAGACAAGCAUCUGAUUAGCCCCACUAUCUCUGGCAAUGUGUGGGGCCUCCCCCCCUGA